AUGGCAUCUUCAAGCAUGGUUGUGGUACUACUAUUCGCAUUGAUUGCAGGAUCUGCUCUUGCUCAGUCGCCGACCUCCGCACCAACCGUCUCCCCAACUGCCGCUCCCACCGCUACACCUCCUACUUCGGUUGUUGUGCCUCCUUCCACUGCUCCUACUUCUUCACCAACUGAAUCUCCGUUGGCUUCUCCACCUGCUCCUCCCACUGCCGUCACUCCUAGCGGAGCUCCCGGCGCUUCUCCUCCUUCCAUCGCUUCUACUCCUACCGACUCACCUACCUCAUCGCCUAACGCCGCUAGCUUGAACAGAGUCGCCUCCGUUGGAUCUGGUUUUGUAGCUGUCUUAGCUGCUGCUUUGGUCCUGUAG